UGUCGUGGAGUCAAGUGACGGUUUUGUUCGUUAGGACGGUUUCGACACACCAUGUCCCUCCUACCUAUCGGAAACCGUUCCUUGCGUUUUAGAGCAUUGUCGUCUUGGAACGACAAUGAAGCACCGGCAUCUCCUUCAACAAGCUUUUCCGUUUCCCCAUCUCGGCGGGCAUGCAAUUGACAGAUCAUUACAAAAUGUCCGGCAAAAACAACUUAUGCUUGUGCUUUGUGCUUGUGCGAUCGUGUUUGGGGAAGAUUGCAGCGGUACUACAACCUCCGCAUCCUCAUCCAAAGUACAAACCAGACACGGCCCAAGAGGCAGAGUCAGACAGCCUGAGAAAAAUUCCAAUCCGUCUGAGUAAUUGAACUGAGAAGUCCUGCACCGGCGGGCGGACGGAUGGAUGCAGGUAC